CUGAUAAUUUUGUAGAUACUGGAGCCAAAUACUCAACUUCAAGCGAACUCCAAUCCACACCGAUUCAUGGCACCACUACAACAAGUACAAGUAACAAUUUCAAAUUUUCUACGGCCUCUAUAUACUCACUAACUCAUGAAACUCCAGUGAUCGCUGAAGGCCUAUCGAGGUACAGUCAAAGGGACCUUUCUUCCAUGCGGAAUCAUGCACUUACAACCUUUAAGGGAUGCCUACAAAAAUCCGACAGGAUGACUAAGGUUCAAGGAUUUCAAUGGCCAAAACUUUGCACUUUACAGAGCUCAGCUCAGCGCGAAAAUAAGGAAUUACUCAGUCAUAAAAGUAACCAACAGGAAGUGGUGACAAAGACUUAUAUUCCUCUGUCUAACCUCAGUGUGGAUACAAGGUCCCAAAGUCGCAUUUUACUCCCCUAUCCAACUCUUUCUAUCAAUGCUAAUGUGGAUUCGUUGAAUGAUAUGGCUGCCCAGUCUUGUACAUCAAGUUAUGGGAUACAGAGAAAAGGAGACUAUAAUUCAAGUCUUCAUCAAAAUCAUCAUAUAAAUGGAAGACAUGUAUUAACGACAUGGGAUUCAAGUGCUGUUACGCAGGUUGUGGACGCAGCGAGAAUUAGGAACACCAGUAUCCCGACUGAAGACCUUCAUCAGAAGACUAAGAGUCUUUAUGACCAAAUCUCCACAAUGUCAGCUGAGGUAUCACUAAGAGUGAGUUUAAACCAGCACUUUUUAUCUCUUAGUUUAAAACAGUAA